AUGACUGAUGAGAGAUAUAUCAUUCUGAUGAUUGGAAAUACCGGGACAAGACUUGGAAGUGACAGUAACAUUAAGGUAGCUGGAUGGGUAAGGAAAGGUUGGAAAAGUACAAAGACUACAGUAGUCAAGGUUCUACUACAGCUUGAAUUUUCAGAAGAUAAAAUGCUGAUGGAAGUUGAUGUAAACGAUGAAGUAGCUGUGAUGAUGUUACCCAGUUGGA